CAGCCGCGCGCGGCAUUAAUGGCGAAGAAAGCUUGUUCAAGGUUCCUCUCUCUCUGGCUUGGCAUUAACGAAGAAUAAGAACGAACGCUUCUUCUCUUUCUGCGAUUUUCUUCAUCUUUGAAGCUUUGAUGGUGAGGGAUUUAGUGAUCACCUCUGCGGUUGGAGGAUUCGAAUGGUGGAAUCAAAUUGAUGAGUCGGAGGAUUGGCAGAAGGGGAUUUACUACACUUUGUCUGCUUCUUAUGGCCUCAUCUCGAUCAUUGCCUUAGUUCAACUUAUUCGGAUUCAAGUACGAGUGCCCGAAUUCGAGUGGACAACACAAAAGGGGUUCCAUUUGAUGAAUUUCGUUGUAAAUGGAUUGAGGGCUAUUCUCUUUGGGCUUUAUAAGAGUGUUUUCCUCAUCAGACCGAAGGCUCUUGAAAUGGUAGUUAUGGAGGUUCCUGGACUUCUAUUUUUUUCAACGUACACACUACUUGUUCUAUUUUGGGCAGAGAUCUACUAUCAGGCGCGAAGUCUUCCGAUUGACAGACUUAAACCUACUUACUGUAUCAUCAAUGGAGUUAUAUAUGUUAUACAGAUCUGCAUUUGGAUAUUUGUGAUGUUAAACAAAUCUCCUGGUGCAGUUAUUGGUGCUAAGCUUUUCUUUUCAGUGGUUUCAUUGUCUGCUGCACUGGGUUUCCUGAUAUAUGGUGGGAGGUUAUUUGUCAUGCUGAGGCAAUUCCCAAUUGAAUCUAGAGGACGCCAAAAAAAGUUGUAUGAGGUUGGUUGUGUGACAACAAUUUGUUUUACCUGUUUCUUUAUACGGUGUUUUGUGCUUGCCUUCUCUGCAUUUGACAAGGAUGCAGAUCUUGACGUCCUAGAUCAUCCCAUUCUCAACCUGAUAUACUACAUGUUGGUAGAGGUUGUUCCUUCAGCAUUAGUUCUGUUUAUACUGAGGAAACUUCCUCCGAGGCGUAUGUCUGAUCGGUAUCACCCCAUUGAAUGAAGCUCUAAACAGUUUUAUGUCAGCAGAGGUUUCCACUCUAAUUGUGUAUUUUACUAUGUGUAGAUGACGUUUGUUGAAUAGGAUUUCGAUUAUAGAUUUCUGUUAUCGUCUGUUUGGCUAGA